CUAACAUAAUUAGGUUUAUCUCAUAUGGAUAAGCCAGGUUAUUUCGAGCACAACAUUUGCGUAUUAUUUUUAUUAUGGGUCAAGAAGGAUAACUCUAAUUUUGGGUGCAACCAAUUUAGCGUCAUUGAGCAUGCUCAACUUCAGCUUCCUUUUCCGUCAUUCUCCGAAGGUGUAGGCCGGGAAAAUUUUGGUGAAGAAUCAUAUCUCGAUCAUCAGCAAAUUAAGGAAUGUAUUUUCACAACAAGUGAACCAUGUUACGAGUGAACAAGUCAAGGGCAUCGAAGGGGAGGAGUCCAUAUGCAAGGACCAGAUCUAGUGUAGCCAUCGCGACUUCCGCAACGCAAUCGCAAGACGUCAGAACGCCCAUGCAGCCAGAGCCUCCAGUGGUAGUCCCCAUACGUACAUUAAGUGCGACUUCCACAUCAUCGGUCGCCGGAAUUGCCUCUACUGCAGGACUGAGUUCAUUGACAGCCCAGCAGACAAACCCUGAAGCCAUUCCAGUAUCUGUCGCUUCAGUUAUUGAUACAGUUGCAUCCCAACAGUCAACAACUCUAUCAGCUCCAACAGGUUUGGCCACAACAUCGUCAGAAGCCAACCUAAUCUCCCUGCCCAACAAGUCCAAUACAGGCCUAGAUUCCCUCAACAGCGCCCACGUCAGAAAUUCAUGUACUAGUAAUUUAUCAAAUAGAUUAUGGGACCUGGGUAAUACCCCUGUAAAAGUCAACAAUCUGCUAUCACUUUUGCAUCAUUAUCCAGAUAAAAAUGUGGCACAUUUAUUAGCUAAUGGUUUUAGAAAAGGUUUUUCAUUACAAUAUCAGGGAUGUAGGAAAAAUGUUGAAUACAAGAAUAUGAAAUCUGCUUCAGAACAGAGUGCAGAAUUGGGAAAGAAAAUAGAGAAAGAAAUUCAGUUAGGGCGUAUAUUAGGUCCUUUUCCUUCAUUACCUAUUACAAAUUUACGUUGUAGUCCUGUCGGUUUAUUACCAAAGAAACAGGGAGGGUGGCGCAUGAUAACAAAUCUUUCGUAUCCACUUGGCCAAAGUGUCAAUGAUUUCAUAGAUCAACAAGAUUGCUCAGUUAAGUAUGCCUCAUUUGACAAGGCUUUAGAUAUUAUUCAACAGAAAGGUCAGGGAGCCCUUAUGGCUAAAAUGGAUAUAUCGAGUGCUUUUAGGCUUUUACCCAUAGCUCCAGAAGAUUUUUGUUUACUGGGUUUCAAGUUUCAAGAUUCUUAUUACAUUGACAAGUGUCUGCCCAUGGGCUGCUCAGUUUCUUGCUCCUUAUUUGAAAAAUUUUCAUCCUUUCUACACUGGGAAUUGGAACAUAGGUCAGGUCUAGACAGCAUUGUGCAUUAUUUAGAUGACUUUUUCUUUGUAGGAGUUGCAGGUGUAGAAGAAUGUAGGCAAUUAAUGGAUCAGUUUGAAGAAUUGUGUCAGUAUGUAGGUGUUCCAUUGGCUAAUGAGAAAACAGAAGGACCUUGUACUAGGUUGUCAUUUUUAGGUUUGGGUAUAGAUUCAAUAGCUAGAACAGUUUUUGUUCCACAGGAUAAAGUUUCUGAAUUGUUAGGGAAAAUUGAGUUUGUAUUAAGAAGUAAGAAAGUAACAAAAAAGGAAAUGGAAUCACUUUUAGGUUCACUGGCCUUUGUAACGAAAGCCCUUCCUGCUGGCAGGGCAUUUUGUCGUAGGUUGUAUGGGGCACUUGUAGGUGUAUGCAAAUCUUUUCAUUUAAUUAGAGUUUCAAAAGAAAUUAGACUUGACCUUGAAAUGUGGAUAGAAUUCCUUACAAAAUUUAAUGGUUUAUCUCCCUUUCCGUCAUUAAUUUGGCUUGAUAAUGAGACACUAGAGUUUUACACAGAUAGUUCUGGCUCUCAUGGCUGCGGGGUGUUGUAUGGUGAUAAAUGGAGUUUCAUGGCCUGGCCAGAGAAUUGGUCCUCAGAGAUAAGAAAGGACAUUACCUUGCUAGAAUUUAUACCAAUCUUACUGGGUAUUUACAUUUGGGGUGUAGAGUUGUCUUCUCAAAAACUUUUGCUUCAUGUGGAUAACAUGUCCCUUGUUCACAUAGUAAAUAAUAAGACAUCAAAAAACCCAAAAGUUAUGAUUUUGUUGAGGGCAUUGGUAUUAUUCACACUGCAGCGUAAUAUUCAGUUAAAGUGUCAACAUAUACCUGGUGCAAAAAUAGUAAGGCAGAUGCUAUUUCUCGUUUGCAGUGGUCGCGGUUUCGUCAACUAGCACCUGGGGCUCAACAGUAUCCUUGUCAAGUUCCUACACAAUUUUGGGAGAUUAUCAGUCAACUGUAAAUUCCCUUCUUGAUGCAAGCCUUUCAGUAAAUACAAGCAAAGUGUAUAAGCAGGGCUUGCAAGCAUUCUACAG